GCGAGAAAGCGCGCUGCUUCCGGUUCCGCGCGUUUCCGGUUUGGGCCUACGUGUUUCGUCCCCUCCCUCGGGCAGCCAUGAGUUUCCUGAGGCGCCUCCCGGAGCCGAGCGAAGGGGUCCGGCUGCGGCAGGCCGAGACCGAGGCCGUGCUAGGAGGGCGCCGCCUGGGCAGCGGGACUCUCUUCGUGGCCGAGAGCCGUCUGUCAUGGAUAGAGGCAUCAGGCCUUGGAUUCUCGUUGGACUACCCCACCAUAAGUUUACAUGCCAUCUCCAGGGAUCUGGCUGCCUACCCAUGGGAGCACUUGUACGUCAUGGUAAACGGCAAGUUCGAAGCUGACGAAUCAAAAGAUGGUCCCAUGGAAGACAAGGAGGAGGAGGAAGAAGAAGAAGAUAGCGACAAUGAGUUUGAGCCCAUUUCCGAGUUUAGAUUUGUACCAAGCGACAAAUCGGCCUUGGAGGCUAUGUUCUCUGCCAUGUGCGAAUGUCAAGCCCUGCACCCCGACCCAGAUGAUGAGGAUUCUGACAACGAUUACGAGGGCGAGGAAUAUGAUGUUGAGGCCCAUGAAAUAGGCCAGGGUGACAUCCCCUCGUUCUACACGUAUGAGGAAGGCUUGUCGCAUUUAACCGCUGAGGGCCAGGCCACCUUGGAGAGACUGGAAGGCAUGCUGGCACAGUCUAUAAGCACUCAGUACCACAUGGCUGGGGUUCGGACAGAAGAUUCAGCAAGAGACUUCGAAGAUGGAAUGGAGGUGGACACAGCCCCAGCAGUUGCUGGGCAGUUUGAAGAUGCAGAUGUUGACCACUGAGGAAGAUAUGAGCAGCUAUUCUCCUCUCGACAUUUCCAGACUGGGCCAAGCCUUUGGAGCUAGAAGACAUUGCAGCAGGAAUUAUCCUUUCUGUAUAAAACACGAGAGAUGUAGGUCUGUCAAUGCUUUUAUAGAUACUGCUUGUAAAAUGGAUUUGAUGCUGUGGAGUUGCUUUUUUUUACACAGACAUAUAUAUAUAUAUAUCAUAUGUUCAAUCUGACUGAGUUAAUCAUGGCUUAUUACUGGAAAGCCAUUGCAGGAGUGCUAGCGAGUAAAGAAUACACUUGUAUUUAGAACAGAGUUCUAAUUGUCUAGAAUUCCUCCCUAUUUUUGUGCCCAUUUAAUCCACAGCUUACUAUCUAGGACAAGAAAGUGAUUGUAGGUUUUGCUAAAGGCAGACAGAAGUACUAUUUUUGAUCCAUUGUGUGCUUGUUCUGCCAGAAUUCUAGUGGGGUUGGAAGACAGCGCUGCCCCACGGAGAAGAAUCUUCUUGUGUUUUUGUUACAAAUAAAAACAAAAUGGUUCAAUAAAUAUAAUUUUUGUAUCCAA